UAUUCCUGGGCGACUGGGCACGAGAUUGAGAUUGAUCCAAAACAAAACAAGUGUGAUUUCCAUCCGAAUUUUACACAUAAAGCUGUGUAAAUAUUACAAAGAAGAAUAAAGACUUACAUGUAAAUUUUUCGAAUUUAGACCACGGUUGGUUUGCGUAUUGAUUUUGUUCGAGGUUUAUAAUUAUUUUCUAUGUUAAUUUUGUGAUUAUUACGUGCUAUCACUGCGAUGAAUCACAUGAUUGUGCUGUGUAUUUUCUAAAUUUUAUAUUUAAUGAUUUUAAUGUAUUAUAGCAUGGAGAAGAAUGAAGAGGAAUUACUAGUUGUCCCUAACGACACCACGUAAGUACUUAAUCGUAUAUGUUGAAAACUUGAUAAUAAAUUCGAUACAAUGUCAAUGUACGUAGCAAAUGUUCAACAGGAAGUCAUAUAUAAAACGAAGUGACUAUACAGGCGGCAGCCGACUAUUUAGUAAACUGCCGGCUAUAUAGUAACUAUAGUUAAAGUUGAAUUUUUAUAAGUUAAACUGAUUCCAACCCCAAACCCUUCUCUAAACCGCGGCCUAACCCCUAACCUUUUGAGAGUUACGGGCCACAUCCAUAUUCAUGUAGUCACAAAUAACGUUGAAUCGAUGUUAUUACUUCACCCACCCACCCACCCACUCCAGAUAACGUCGAAUGAUAUUCAGCCAUAUUUUGACUUUGGUAUUUAUAAUACAAAAGCUGUACUGUGAUAGGUACUUUGGACAUUAAUUGUCAAAUUGUCACUCAUUAAGUCAACAAGUUCACAUAAAAACCCACCCACUCAUAACAUCGAUUCAACGUUAUUUGUGGCAACAUGAAUAUGGACGUGACUUCACCCCCUGGAAAAAAAGUUUAAAAAAUUUUAAGAACAAACAAAACAAAACACAACCCGACCCGGACUGUGUUUCACUUUCCACACGCAGUGCCUUUACCGUAUACGCUAAUGGCAAGCUCAGUAAAAGCUAGUGCAAAAAGGCUUUACCAGCUCCAUGAUGAAGGGACUUUUGCUCAACACAUAGAGUGUGUUGUGUAGCCAUUGUAUUCUGUACAUGUUUUAAUACUGGGAUACUUGAUGCUGAUGAUUUUUUCUGGGACACCUGACGUUGUUCCUACUAACAGGGUGUUAGCUACAGUCAAAAAUUCCGCUUUAAACGCCGUUUUCCCAAUUACCUUGAGGUCGCAAUUUCCCAAUUUGGGUCAGCCAAAAAAUAGUUAUAGAAAUUCAAUGUUGUUAAUACGCCAUUAAAAACAUGUUUAUAAUUAUACUGUACAUUUGCUCAAAAUUACUCCCAAAAUGUGGGAAAUGCCAUUUCAAAGACACAAAAAUUUUAAAAAUCAAGAGGGCAACCGCAUGCCCCCAGACCCACAAAGAAAUGCCCGGUUUCAGGCUAAAAUAAAUUUCCCAAUUUCAGGUAAACACAGAUUUUUUUACUUCUGGCUAACACCCUGACUAAUCUGAAAACAAUUUCUAUAUAUAUACUGUACACUCUCGUUAAACAGUUAUAAAAGAUAACGUAGAAAGCCCUCAAAUGAUUCUGUCACUUGAAUAUCAAGAACAAUUAGGUUUGUAAACCUUGGUGCCUGUCAUGAAAGGCCGAAAGCGAGGCUUGGUAGUGAACUUAUGGUUAAUUACUAUUUCUCAGGGAUUGUGAGGACCAAGACUUGAAAGAAAAGAAGCCUAACACGGGUUGGAGCCAGACAAAUUUUCUUUGGAGAGGCUUAAAUUUUGCCAUGGCUUGCUUUUUUGCAAUGGCUGCUUAUGUACAAGUACGUGGGCUCAUUAAGUUUGUAUAAUUAUAGAACUAGGUUAUAUUACAGCCAAUUAAAUCUUUGUUUCCUGUUUAAUUGUGUAGCUCAACGAUCCUGAUCCUCUUGUGUGGAUGGUAUGACUUAUAUGUUACAAUUCUAGUUUGUUCGGUUUCCUUAAUGACUCCUCCUGAAUGUUUCCUGACUCUCACAGCAACGCUUUUCAUGUGGAGUUUUACACAUUCCACUGAGGAGGGUCAAGCCAGCAAUAUGGUGGGCAUGUGUUUAUUUCUGGGCGGUGGUGAGACAUAAUUUAAAAUACAUUUUUUUUGCUGCCCACAAAAUAAAGCUUGCAACACAGGCUAGCACAACAUGAAGUUACAGAUUCAUGUCCCAUGUUGGAAUUUUUCAAGACGAUUGUUAACUUAUAUCUUUUUAGUUUGUUUAUUCAGUUCCGGCCUGUUUGUGCAUAGCAACAGCAUUUUCUCCCGAGGUUCAAGGUUUGUGGAAACAUUCACUUCUCAUUGCAUAAACAUACAUUGUGACAACCUGAUACUCAGGGUUUUUACUUCCGGGUUUCGGGGAGGUGGGGUAGCAGAAGUGAAAACCCUGAGUAUCAGGUUGACAUUGUGAUAGCCUACAUUACCAGACAACCUACUGUACCUGAUAGGCAGACUCGUCAGGGGGAGAGUGCUGCCAUUCAAUGGGUUAAUUAAUGAUGUUGUCUUUAUGAAUAUUUUCUUAUUUUGCAGAUCAUACUGUGUGGCAAUCUUUGGCAACCGCUGACGUUGUCGGCAGUUUGGCUGGAGCAAUAUACCUUGCUACAGCUAUUAGACCCCAAAUGCAAAAAGAUGCCAUCAAUAACCCGCUGGUUUUGGAAGAAGGAAGGUUUGUCUUGGUCACAAUAAAUAGUUAUCAUAAUGGGGCUAGUAUUCCAAAGGUCGUAGGUUCGAUUCCCACUGUGGCCGGGCAUAUUUUUCAAGCCUGCCCGGUGUGGAUACACACUCAGAGUAACAUCACAAGCAUUAUAAUGGUAGUUACAUGUAAAUUAGUAUGACUACAUUCAGUUCACUGGAUGGGCAAAUUUAAUAGGAUUUUGGACAUUUCAUUUGAUAGAACUAAUUGUAGUCAACUUCUUGUCAUAAAAUGUGCAAAUUCUUUCGUUCAUAGAGAAAUGUCAGGACUGAUCAUAGUAAUGUUCUGGAUAAGCCUGUGUAAAUUUGUUACAUGGUACAGUCAAAGGUGAGAGUGAAUGGCAUAGUUCUGACUAAUGUAACAUCACUUAUAUCUAUAACCUUUUAAAACAUUUUAUUCUGGAUGCAAACAUUAUAUUUCAGAAAAGGCAAUGUUCCUAUUUUAUUUUGGAUUUCAAUUCUGGUGCUGUGCUUCGUACCAUUCACACUGUGGGCUUACUGCUACAGAAACCUCGAUAGGAAGAUUUUGCCUCAACAUUGCAAGGACAUGCUCUGAACAACGACGGGAUAACAUGUACUCCAUAUCUGUCAGGCGAUGGAGACUGGUCAGGAAACUAGUUGUAUAACUUAAUUAGAUUACUACACAAUAUCAUGUAGUGUGGCAUCUUGUCAAAGCUUUAUUUCAUGGCCAGUCAGAUGGCUUUCAGUUGAUUACAUUGCAAUGUAUCAUCUAGUCUAGACUUUUUAGAAACAGCAAUUAGUGCAGACUAUCGCCCGUAUUCUAAAAGCUCACUCACACUCAAUGAGUGGAGGUUCAAUCUGAGCUUCUCUUAGGUGCCAGUGCAGUUUUUGAAUAGCUAAGGGUUAGUAUUGUACCUUAAUAUGUGACUACUCACCCUCCAGCUAUUCAAAAACAGCACUGUGACUGGCACUCAAGAGAAGCUCAGAUUGAACUUGUGAGUGAGCUUUUAGAAUACAGGCGUAUAUGUAGGAACCAAACAUACAGUAGUAUUUUAUUAAAGUGUGUAAAACAUGCAUUUCCUCAAUUUGUAAAAUAAUUGUUAUUGCAUGUGAUGCAGUCAAAAAAGAAUUUAAAUUAACCAAUGCUUUUAGAAGGAACGUUCUCAAAAUCUUGAUGAAUUGCUUGAAGUUGGGAAAUGUGAACCAAUCAAAUUUUUUUCAGAACACUUCUAUUGACACGACUGUAGUAUGAAUUGUAUAAUAGGCAUGUAUAGAUAGUUAUUUAGUUUAAUAAAGCAUUAGUAAUGCAACUCACACAUAUUGAAAGUUUUAUUUUAUUUUGGUUGUACACACAUCUAUUAUUUUUUACAUUUUUAUUCAACCAAUGUUACUGGCACUACUGUACUAAUGAUAAACAAAAAGUACUGUAACUAUAAUACUUCGAUUGUCCCGAUACCAACUGUGAAUGUCUACACUUCCAUUUUAAGCAGUGCUAUUGCCAGUACUGAUAAGCUUUAUAUCCCAUGUAAAUACAGACUGCGAACGAGCCAACGUUAUGAAGAAUUUUUCUAUAUUUGUCAUUCUUAUAAACUAACACGAUAGGCGAUGGUGAAGUCAAGCGUUCCAGAGGCACCUUUACCAAAUUAUGACUAUCGUAUUCAACCUGGUAUUUGCAACUUGGAUCAAAUUGCCACGAUAUAUCGUACAGCGCCGUUAACAACAAACUUGUGCCGCCCAAAGUCAUGCUGACGAUCGUUCUAUUAUUUGGCGGGAGGAAUAGCGGUGAAGCCAAACACCCGAGACUACACAAUACUGACGAUUUAUGAAUAAAAUUUCCAACACGGAUCCAUUUUGAAAUUUGGUCGCCCAGUACCUUUGGCUCAAUCACGAUCAUCAGAUACUGUCGGUUCAAUGCGAAUUCAAGUUCUGUGUCGUAAAGCUCUUGCGUCAAAUUUUCAUCAAGGUCAGGGUCAUCUGCCUCAUGGAUAACGUGGCAUUCCUCGUCAGGGCUUUCCAUUAAUGGGCUAUAAAAUACAUAUAAUUAUGUCAGUUAAUAAACAACUAUAGGCACAUUUGUUG